UUCCGCCUCGCGAGAAAGGGACUCUGGAAGUGGCUCGCCCGUGACGUCGCUUCCUGCGGCACGCAGGAAACAAGGCUUCCAGUUCACGCGAUAAUAAUCCGGACAACGCGAUUUCCAGUGGGGCUUGUAGUCUUUCUGUUCUCUCUCUUCGGGUUUGUCCUUCCAACCUACGGCUCACACCCACCCUGGGCUCCGGAUUGGGAUAUCUGGGUGCGUGGCGGGGUGGGCGGGCCCGUUCUUCAUCUUGGCCGCGAGAGAGUUUCAUAGUGAUGGGGGGAGGGUGAGAGACACAUUCUAGUUGCUCCGAGGGCGGCUGCCAAAGAGACACAGUAGUCCCACUCCCUUUUGGGUGCCUGGUGGGGGUGGCUUGUGUCCGCCAUGUUGGUGAAGGUAAACGAAGGAGACCGGACGUCCAGAACUAUCUGCUCUGCUGGCUGAAGUCCGCCAUAUUAAUAAAGAGACAGAAGGUUGAACCCACCCCCCCCAAUACACACAGCCGUUUUUCCGACCCCGUUCCCACGACUCCUAUCGCUGGGCCCUUCCCCUGCCUUGCUUGCCUAGCCUUUGCGCGAAGGAAGCGUAGCAGCCAGCGCCUCAGAACAGGCUUAAGACUGCGCCGAAUGAGGGGGAAAGGGAAAUGCCGACCAAUUGCGCCGCGGCGGGCUGUGCUACUACCUACAACAAGCACAUUAACAUCAGCUUCCACAGGUUUCCUUUGGAUCCUAAAAGAAGAAAAGAAUGGGUUCGCCUGCUAAGGCGCAAAAAUUUUGUGCCAGGAAAACAUACUUUUCUUUGUUCAAAGCACUUUGAAGCCUCCUGUUUUGACUUAACAGGACAAACUCGACGACUUAAAAUGGAUGCUGUUCCAACCAUUUUUGAUUUUUGUACCCAUUUAAAGUCUAUGAAACUCAAGUCAAGGAGUCUUUUGAAGAAAAACAAUACUUGUACUCCAAAAGGACCAUCUAAUUUAAAAUCAAGCAUUAGCAGUCAGCAAGUACUGCUUGAACACAGUUAUGCUUUUAGGAAUCCUAUGGAGGCCAAAAAGAGAAUAAUAAAACUGGAAAAAGAAAUAGCAAGCUUAAGAAAGAAAAUGAAAACUUGCUUACAAAAAGAACGCAGAGCAACACGGAGAUGGAUCAAAGCCACAUGCUUGGUGAAGAAUCUGGAAGCAAAUAACAUAUUACCUAAGGGUACAUCAGAACAUUUACCAACUGCCUUAAGCAGUCUUCCUUUGGAAAAUUUCAAGAUUCUUGAACAAGAGCAACAAGCUAAAAUGUCCAAUUCUCUAAAACAGACUAAGGAUACCCUCGUUUAAGAUUAGUUUACAUAGAACUUGAUGCCCAUCCUUCAUUCUCUUCAAAAGUAAAGGUAUUUAAGGAAAGUAUGCCAAAAUUGGGUAUUUAAUAGUUUUAUUUGAACAUUAUCACUAUAUAAGUUAAGAAGAUUUGAUUACAAAAGAUGGAAACUUUUUAUGAAAAUUUUAUUUGAAAAAGAAUGAAAGUGCCUUACAUGAGAAUUAUGUACUUAAAAAUUUUGCUAGCGAAUUGUAUGUUUGCAAGGUAUUAUGUGUUUUUGUCUUUUAAAACUACUUUUAAAGAACUGUCUAUGACAAUGUUUUUAAUUUAUAUUAGAAAAACAGUUUUUUUCCUGUACCAGUGUUAGGGUAUUACAUUCUUAAUAGGAUGCUAAGUAGGUGUUAACCAACAUUAAAUAUGACUUUAAAAUUGCCGGAUUUUGUAUUAUUAUUGGCACUGUGAUUUAGAAAUUUUAUAGGAAAAAAAAAACGAGAUACAAGGCAAGUUCUUCUAUUUAAACUUUCUGUAUCUGCUUACCAAUAAAAAUGAGCUAAUCAUGGCCUCCCUCAUAAAAAUAUUAGCUUUUAAAAUAGAUUGUAAAAUAUUUUGAAAAUGAAGUUUUGAAUAAUAUGAAAUUUGAAAAUAAUAUUUUGACUAUGAAGUACUCUGGAGUCAUUCAAGCAAGGUAAGGCCUCAAGUACCUCACACUAGUUAAAACUGGUAGCUGGUUAUAUCUUAUGAUAUAAUACAGACAUUGUGAUCUAGCUUUUACCUUAGUUAAACAAAAAGAUAAAUCUAUACUAUUUUUCUCAUAAUAAAAAUACUACACUUUCAAUUCCAAAAUGUAUACAUUAGAUAACAUGAUACAAAAUUCUAUAUUGGGAAUAUGUUCUCUACCCCCAUGUGUGAUGAUACCAAAACUCUUAAGCUUUUUUUCUCCCUAAGCCCACAAUAGGAUUUAAUCACAGAAAAGUACUUAUAACUUCACAACUUAUAACUUAAAAUGGAAUCAAUUUAUCAUAUAUAUCAGCUUGCUUUUAUCUCCUUUUUUAGUGAGUCAAAUAGAGCAACUGUACUGCAUAAGGGAAGUGAAAUGUAUUUUCUAUAAAAAUAUUGUGUCCAGGGGCACCUAGGUGGCUCUGUGGGUUAAAGGACCUACUCUUGA